AUGCUAUACAGGUACGGAUAUUGCGUAGGUGGAAGCCACAGUACCCGACGCCACGAAACAUGGUUCAUUGUUGUAGACAAGUUUGGAGAUGCUAUACAGAUCUUGGGACAAAGGACAAAUCAAGGCUAUAUAGAGUCUGUUCUUAAUCUUUCCAAUUUCUACACGAUAUCAGAAUAUACUUGUCCACGAUUAGAUGAUUACCAAAAGGUUUUAGAAAACGAUAUCUACAUGGACGUUGAUUUUAUUGGUAUCCUUACAAAAGUGAGAGAUUGCAAGAAACGCAAUGGGGAGUCCUUUGUCCUUAUAGUACUUACCGAUGAAGGUGGAAGUGAGUUAGCAGUAAACUUGUGGAAAGAAUGUAUCGACGUCCCCGAGAAAUUUAAUCGUCAGCAACUAAUGCCGCCUCCUGCAACAACAAUUUUUGCUGUUACAAAUUUGAGGACCUCAUCAAACGAUGGAAUACUUAGGUUUGGAUCGUCAACUGCUACACAUGUGUAUGUUAAUCCACCUAUUCCAGAAGCAACACUAGUAACCAACAGGUUCAGUGGCCCUUCAAGACCACCUUUUAUGGCAACUGGAAUACCAACAACAUUGUCGUCACUGGUGGACUUUGCCUUCAAGGACAACUGGUGCCAAGUGAUAUGCCCCCAGUGCAGAGACCCAAUAUUUAAAAAAGCAAAGGAUUGGUUCUGCAUUGCCCAUGGAUUAACUGAAGCACCAAUAUUCCUGUAUAGGUUUACCGCAACAGUAACCGACCCAACUGGCUCCAUUACUGCAUCUAUAUCUGACAGUGCAACCCAGAGAUUGAUUGGAAUUACCUCAGAAAAGUUGAUGUCCAAUAACACCCAAAUCAGUAGAGGAAUUAUACCGUCCAUCAUCGAAGAGUGCAAAGGGUUAUUAAAGGCAUUGUCAAUUCAAAUGUUGAAAACCUCAAAUGCAGAAAACAUCCGAUACGUGAUUGUAGACAUAGGAAACAUCAACACCCUCACUCAACAAGCAAUUCCAACAACCCCAAUGGCUACUACAGACAACAAGUCCUCUGAACCUACCCACAACAUACGAACUUCAUCACCACCUUCAGAAUCAUCUAAUGUGUCGAAAGCUUUAUCAUUCGAAACCUCAGACAAAUCCCGAUCUAUAAAACAUCAAAAACGAGGGCAACAGUGA